UCCCUAAUGAGUUGUCGAAUUCUUUGCGGCGCGCCGAAUAUCUGGAUUUUAUAACUGUUUUUAUGUAGAUUAUUUAUUGUUUCGAAUAUGUUAAACUUAAACUGCGUGAUAUGCGCCGAACUGUUUUCCCAGGCGGACGAGGUGUUCGUCACCGUUUGUGGCCACAUGUUCCACCACAAUUGCCUCAACCAAUGGCUCGAUCGCUCCAAAACCUGUCCCCAGUGCCGCAAUAAGUGCACCACGCGCAACAUCUUUCGGGUCUACUUUAAUUUGGCCAACUUGGAUGUGAGCCGCAUCGAUGUGGGGUCUCUUCAGGAACAGCUGGAUAAUGCCAAUCUGGCACUGAAGAUGAAGGAAAGGGAGUCCGGCAAACUGGAGCAGCAAAUGCGUGACCAGAAAGAGACCCAAAAGAAGUGCCUGAAAACUAUAGCUGGGUUGGAACAAAAGGUCCAGAAGAAGGACUUUUUGAUCAGCAGUUACGUGGAGCAGAUCCACAUCCUGAAGAAUGAGGCUCUGGUGGUGGAUGCUUUGCGUAAGGAAAACAAAUCGCUGAAGCAACUACUUCAUUCCGUCGAGAGCAUGUCAGCCAUUCUUGCCGCUGGAUCGGCAGACACCGAACGCCUUCUAAAAAAUGAGUCUAAUCCCCAAGUGCUGGCCAACUGGGUCACCACACUAAAGCGCGAGUUGCGCCAGUGCGAGAGCAAGAAGACUGACAUGAGGAAUGUACUCACAGUGGUCCAAAAUGAUCUGCGCAAAGAGAUCGAAGUGAAACGCAAGCUCGAGGAGAGGGUUUCGCAACUGGAAAGCGAUCUUUACCAGGCACAGGAGAAGCUUCAAUCUGCGAAGAACUGGACUCCUGUGGAUUCGCCUACCAAAAGCAAUCUCAUGUUUUUAAAAAAAGAAGAAAGACGCGACACCAUCUCCCCCACAAUUAAGGAGAACAUCAAGCGCAUAGAAGAGUCGACUUCGCCUUAUCUGAAUAUCAAGUCCAGCAGCGUGGGACUAGCCCAUUUACUCAACACCAAGGGUAAUAUCGGUUUAACAAAAACCAAAAUAUCUCCAAUCAAGGCGGCGACUGGUGCCAACAUGGCCAGUGGAACUAUACGCAAGACGACCAGUGACCUUAGCGAAAAGUACUCCAUUUUCAAGAAACCACGACUGCUGCUACCCAGCAGUAGUGGACUGGCGGCCACAUCGAGCUCCAACUUCGUUUUCAACGGAAUGGGAGGCUCAGAGAAGGUGGAUCCGUUUGCGCAGCGCGCUGAGGAAUUGGAGAAUUGCCGAUCCACGGCACCACUUGCCCGGAAUGUCAACCAGCGGCUAAAGGCCGGAUCCCUUCGCAACUUCAAGCUGGGCAAAUAAGUCAUGUGAACUAUAAAGACUGCCUGUGUUCAGGAAUUAGAUUGGGAUGCUAUUUUGUUACGUAGCCAAUGCAUGGUUUUGAAUUAAUAAGUUAGAAUUAAAUACAAAAAUGAGAAACAGGAA